UCAGAUUUCGGCGCCUUCUUCUUCUUCUUCUUCUUCUUCAUCAGUUUCCCAUACAAUGGCGCUUCAACUCACCUUCAAACCCAAAACCCCUAAAACUCUCACUAAUCCUUCUCUCAUCCAUCUUUUCUCCUCCAAUUCCUCUGCCCCAUCUGAUCCGAAUGACGAAACCGCCGAUACAUCCACUGCCUCACCUCGAUCUUCCAUCUCCUCUUAUCUCAGCGAUGUCAGAGCCCGCCUCAAACAGGACCAGCAAUUUUCUUCUUCACCCUCCGCUAGAAGACCUGCCGACUCAUUCACUUCUCCUUUCAAUCGCUCGACUUCUCCGGCUUCCAAAGCCGCCUCACUUGAAGAAAUCAGAAAAAAUCUCUCUGAAUUUCGGAACCGAUCGUCUGUGCCUCCUCCCUCCGACCUCGGUUCUACACCUUCCUCUUCUUCGUCUUGGCAGCGUGGUAUCUCGUUUCAAGAUCUGUACAAGAAUAAUAGCAUGAGAAAGGGUGAGGAUAGUAAUGAUGCACCUGCAAAUUCGACGGGAGGUGGCCGUAUCGGUAUGCCAUUUGAUUCUAUUAAGGAGAGCUUACGGAAGGUGAGUUCAGCGAGGGGGAUGCAAAGUGAACUGAAGAGUGGGGAUUCGUUGUCUUUAUCGGCGUUUAAGGACAGCUUGAAAUUGAAACCAUCGGACCCGGUGAUGGGUGGGACAGAGAGGUUACCAGUGUCGGUUUUUGGGAAGGAAAUGAAGGAAAAAAAAGAUGGGAAGAAUGUGGGAUUGAAGACGGAGUUCGUGAAGAUGUAUAGCUAUGAUGAACUGGGAAAUAAGUUGAGAAAUUUGAGGCCAGAUAAAGAAAAAGGGAAGAAUUGGUUUUCAUUGACGGAGUUGAAUGACAGGUUGGUGAAGCUUAGAACAAUGGAGGAGAAGGAGACUGAGUCGAGAAUUGGAGGGAUUUCAUUUCAGGAUUUGAGAGCGAGCUUGAUGCAGAUGAAGAUUUCUGAUGAUGAAAGGGAAAAAAAAGCGACACUCCAGCGGCUCGAUAUCAUGGGUCAGCUAGUUCGAACACCAAACUAUAUGCUAGAACCUCCAAAUGAACAUCUUGUCGAGAAGUAUUUCCAUCCGGAUAACAUGUCAUCUGCCGAAAAGAUGAAAAUUGAGCUAGCAAAAGUUAGAGAAAAAUUUAAAAUGUCAGAAUCAGACUGUGGAUCUGCUCGUGUUCAAGUUGCUCAACUGACCACUAAAAUCAAUCAUCUAACUGCCGUCCUGCACAAGAAGGAUAAGCAUUCUAAGAAAGGUCUGCUUGGAAUGGUACAACAGAGGAAAAAGCUACUGAAGUAUCUUCGACGAACCGAUUGGGAUUCCUACUGUAUGAUUCUUAACACACUUGGUCUUCGAGACAACCCGGAUUACAAGGCCUGAGUUCACGUGGUUCUCCUGUCCUUCUCUUUCCCGAGGUUUGCUCUUCAGUUUUGUUGGAGAGAAAGUUCUGUGAUAUUAAAAUUUAUGUCAUCAUAUCAUGAAGAGAGAAGCCUCGAGCUUGUUGGCAUGAAAGGCAAAUUGGCAUUGGAAGCGUGGAGAUAGUUUAUUGCUAGAAUAGGAAAGUGCAAAUUUUUUAAGUUUUAUUUCAAUAGAUUGAUUGUAUUAGCAAAUCCUGGUCUGAUUUAAUUUUUUUUUUUUUUUGUGGGAAUUCAUUCCUUUAUAGCUGCAAAAUGAACUGCCCUGCUUCUGCUGGCAAAUAAUGGAUUUGAAAGUAAAGUGCUCUGCAACAAUUUUAGCCUGCAGUUGAACCAUUUUCAUUUCAUUUUACUUAA